AUGGCUGAUAGAGCACACGAGUCCGAGUCUGAGCCCGAGUUCAAGAAACAGAAACUUGAACAGCUACAGAGAAAAGCUUAUCACUCUGUUCUUCUUGCUUCCAAAACAAAAACCUCCUCAGGAACAUCAUCACACGUAACGUCUUUCAUCACUCUUCUUCUUAUUCUCUUAUCUCAUUCUGUUCCUGAGGUUACUGUUUGCGUGUUCUUGAAGUCUCAGAUCAUACAAAAGCUGACGAACGAGUGGGAGAUUGAUCAAGAAACUCACAUAGCAACAUGCUCUGUUCCUAAUCCAGAGCCUCUUGUUGUAAAACACGUCCACGCAAGAUCACCUGAUGAUGAUGAAGAUGAUGAUUCACCAACGAAAAAGAAGAUCAAACUCCAUAAACAGGCUUACGACCAUGUCCUCCACGCCUUCAACGCAGAAUCUCCAUCACUAUCCAGCUCAAGGACUUUGAUCAUGCAAGACCUUCUAGAAGAAUGCAACAAACCUCAUAUCAAGAAGAUAGUGGAGCCAAGAUCAAGACUCUUACCUGAAGACUUAUAUUUUCGUCCAACAUCUCUUGAAAUGUCAACUUAUUUAAAACAAAAAGUUCUUGGCCAGCCAAUAGAAGCAUGUAUCAUACCAGAAGAACGUCACAAUAUCUUCUCAACACCUCCUCGUGAUUUACCUGGCUAUCCAGAAGAAACACAUUGGUAUUACUAUUGUAGGAAACCUAAGGGACAAGAGACUCAGAGUAUGUGGACACGGUUCCGUGAAAAUACUGAUGUGUUAGAUGAAGAGGAGAACUGUGUUGGUAUCAAACGUAGGUUUACUAUCGUUGAGAAGGAAGAAGAAUGUAAUGACAUUUUUUUGGCUGAUGAAGAAGAGCCUCCAGUGGAAGAAUGGUUCUUAAAGGAGAUUAGUCUACCAUCGAGUGUUGCGGUUACUGACUUGGUUUUGUGCAAAGUUGUUCUCAAGAAGAGGGAGAGGACUAAAGAAGAAGAAGAAGAAGACGAAGAAGAAUACGAUGAAGAAGAGGAAGAGGAAGAAGAUGAAUAA